UGCUGAGUACGAGUGGAGCGCAGCGCACCAGAGCGCACGGAAACUUGUAGAGACCAUUAUUAUUAUUUUCCUGAUUUCUUCUUUUUUUUUUUUUUUUUAAAUCGACUGAGACGGACUGCUGUGGCACUUCUCAUUGUUUUUUAUUUUCGUGCAUGACGCACGCUCUUCAUACCAUAUGACUGAUUUUUUUUUUUUUUUACUUUGAGGCUAUAGGAGAGAACGCGACAUGGAGACGUUUACAAUACACGACAUGCUCAUGAAUUCAACUGACCUGAAUAAGAUUUUAUGUAAUUUUGGAAUCAGGAAUAUUUCGGAGUGCGAGCAGGAAACUUCACCCGAACCUAAAGACAUCAACCAGAGCGUGCGGAUCGUGCUCUACGGCCUCAUCUUCCUCCUCAGCCUGAUGGGCAACAGCCUCAUCAUCGCAGUCCUGGUGAGGAACAGGCGCAUGAGGACCGUCACCAACCUCUUUCUGCUGUCUCUGGCCGUCAGCGACCUGAUGGUCUCUCUGGUCUGCAUCCCCUUCACCCUCAUCCCCAACCUCAUGAGGGACUUCAUCUUCGGCGCCGGCAUGUGCAAGCUGGUCAUGUACUUCAUGGGUGUCUCAGUGAGCGUUUCCACGUUCAACUUGGUGGCCAUCUCCCUGGAGCGCUACAGCGCCAUCUGCAACCCGCUGACCUCCAGGGCGUGGCAGACCAAAUCCCACGCCGCCAAAGUCAUCACCGCCACCUGGGUGGCGUCCUUCAUCUUGAUGCUGCCGUACCCCAUUUCCAGCGGCCUCAAGCCCUUCACCCGCCACAACAACAGCACCGGAUACAUGUGCCGCCUCGUGUGGCCCAACGACUUCAUCCAGCAGUCCUGGUACGUGUCCCUGGUGUUGCUGCUCUUCUUAAUCCCCGGUAUCGUCAUGAUGACGGCCUACGGACUCAUUUGCCUGGAGCUCUACCGGGGCAUCACCUUUGAGCUGUCCAGCAGGAAGUCUAGCAGAGAAAGACAACUCAGCACUGGCAGCAUCAAACCCGGUGACAGCGACGGCUGUUACCUGCAGCCGUCCAAAAAGAAGACCAUCACAGCCAGCACAGGCCGCCCCAGCAGCAAGCCCACAGUGGGCCGCGUGUGCGGCAGCAGCUCCACGACCAACCUGAUGGCCAAGAAGCGCGUGAUCCGCAUGCUGCUGGUCAUCGUCUUCCUCUUCUUCCUGUGCUGGACGCCCGUCUUCGUGGUCAACGCGUGGCAGGCCUUCGACCGGCGCUCGGCCUACCGCCUGACCGGGGCGCCCAUCUCCUACAUCCACCUGCUGUCCUACACCUCGGCCUGCGUCAACCCCAUCAUUUACUGCUUCAUGAACAAGCGCUUCCGCCAGGGCAUGCUGGCCACGUUCACCUGCUGCAGCUGCUUGGGGAAGAGAGGCGGCGGAGGGAGCGGAGGCGGAGGCGGCAUGGGGAGGUCGGCUGGAAUCUGGGAUGCUAAAGGGGAGGCGGGCAGAUUGAGGGCGAGGCUGAAGGCCGCAGAGCAGAACGGUCACACCCCGCCAAGUGGAGCCAGCACCUACACCGGCACCCGGGCCUCGGCCUGGAGUGAGCUGACUUAAAGUGGAUCGAUUCCUCUGCGUAAAAGAGCUCUGGCCUGAAGUGCAAACACUUUAAAGGGAAUCUUGUUUGUUUUUUAAGGCCCUCACAGCGCUUAUAGGACUAGUUUAAGAGCAGCUGCGUCGCUUUAGCUCGAAGUGUAACGUGACGUGGGUACAGUUGUUGUUAAUGUGGAGCAGUGGAGGUGCACAUCCAGUGCAUUCACGGCACAUCAACGCAGCCAGAUGUGUUUUUCUAAAGCCCGUAGUGUCCAGGCGUUACAGGGCCUCAAGUCUAAAGCAGAAAACAAAUUAAUGUUGUUUAACCGCUCGCUUUAUACACAUUUUAGUUGUCAGCUGUAGCUGGAACUGCACAGGGUCCAAAUAGUCUUUACAGUUCAUUGUUUUUUAAUUAUGUGCACCAGAGUGAGAAAAAUCCAGAACCACAAUCGGUGCCAGAGGGAAAAUGAGAAAGAAAAGUAAUUAUUUUUCUUACUUACCAGUUAUGACCAAGGUCUGCUUCACCUGAAAUUACAUUUAAAAAAAGGUGAGUGACAAUUUGCAAGAAGCCCUCGGUGAUAUUCUUUCGCGAGUUGACAAAUGAGUUUCACCUCGAGGCUAAUUUCAUUUAGUAACUGCUGCGGAGCCUUCGGUCCUCCCUCAUCUUCAUCAGCAGAUUGAGUUUCUACCAGUUGUCAUGGAAAUGUUCCAACUUGCACAUUUCCGUGACAAACGGGCAAACUGGAUGUGCUGAUGCGGAUUCAUGCGAUCGGAUCAAAAGCUGGUUUAACAGCAAAACUACAUCAAAACAUCCUUUCACAAACUCACAAUACUCAGUGCAGUUUAAUCCAAGUGUCACUUAUCCAGUCGUAUGCUCACUAAACAUGCAUCCUCGGAGAAACCUAUUUAAAAGUUGUAUUAAAUAGCAAUAAUGUAUACGUUGGUAAACAGGCUUUUUAUUUGUCAUUAUGUCACACCACAAUGUAACUGUAAUCAGCAGCAUCAAAACAGUCAUCCAGUGCACAAACAGUUCUGCUCUUGUCCUUGACUCGCUCUGUGUGUGUGUGUGUGUGUGUGUGUGUGUGUGUGUGUACGCGCCUACAGGAACUGCAGAGGCCUUAUCAUUUAGUGGGACUUUGAACAGCUGCAUCACCUCUCCUUCAAAGAGCAAAUUCCUGGCAUUACCCCCC